AUGACUGAAUUGUUUGAUCUUUGGAAGAGUGAAAUCAAAGAGCAGAUGUGCAGCGGCUGGGAUAGUACGACUUACGGAAUGAAUAUGUGGGACAAGGCAAGGUCAGAACGUGUUGAGGCUGAUAUGGACUCAGAAGCCGUAGCCACUCUGAUUUCCAAACGAGCUCGCAUUUCUCGAGAUUGUCUGAUGAAUGCUGGCGGAGUAUAUACCGAACUCCCAGCUCUUUGCCGAGGCUCUCCCCUAGCCGCCUCACUACUCGGUGGACUUCUUGCACUUCCAACCUUUGUUCUUUCCAGCUAUUUGGGACCCCGUGGCUUCCGCAGUGCCUCUGAUGAUGUUAUUAUUGAUUGGUCGAAAAUCAGCCUCACCUCAUGGUAUCACUAUGAGUCGGUAGAAGAUGUGACAAAACGCAAUAAGACCUGCGAAGCGGCCGGUAGGUAUGCAGGUCUAGUUUAUCUCUACAUGAUCUCUACUUCCAUAAUUACUCGAGCUAUGCGCUAUUACCUCUGCAGGUUCAAUCCACUCUGCUUUCGAAUAUACGCUAGAUUAUCAUCUGAUCUUCGUAACCAACGUCAGCCAAUUCUUGAUGUAUUGUCUUCUGAUUAG